CCAAAAUGUCGAACCCCCGUGUUGAAGAGAUCGUCGACGACAAGCCCGAGCAGCAGGUCGAGGUUGAUGACAGCAGCUCCGACUCUGAGGGCGAGGAGGGUGGUAUCCCCGCCGGCUCGUCCGUCACCGUCCACUCUCGCAACGAGAAGAAGGCCCGCAAGGCCAUUGCCAAGCUCGGCCUGAAGAAGAUUGAGGGCAUCACUCGCGUCACUCUCCGCAGACCCAAGAACGCCAAGAUCGAGGACCUGAACUCGCAAGCCCAGGCCGCCGCUGCCCAGCAGCUCUCCCAGCAGGAGGGUGCCGCCGAGCACACCCACGACCACUCCGACAAGGGCAAGGCCCCCGAGGUUGAGGCCAAGAAGGAGGAGGAAGAGGAGGACGACGGUGAGGAGGUUGACGAGACCGGUCUCGAGGCCAAGGACAUUGAGCUUGUCAUGGCCCAGGCUUCGGUCAGCAGAAAGAAGGCCGUCAAGGCCCUCAAGGAGAACGACAACGACAUUCGGGAUACGCAACUUGGAUCUUAUGACAGCUUGAAGGCGUUUGCAUGCCGAUAUCAGAGUCGUAGAGAGUCGGAAUCGAGAAAGGCGCACGGACAGUUUUGCCAAGAACGGAAAGAGCGACUCCAUCGCAGCAACCUCAGUCGAUGUUCGCGAAGGCCAACGGAUCCCGCCUGCACCGUCGUCUCUCUCCCCUCUACCUUCCGUCAAUCCAACCCAUCGUCACAAUGGCCGUCGGACCUUCCUCAGCGCAACGCAGCCCUCAAGCUCGACUGGGCCAAGCUCUCCCAGCAGCUCUCCCUCAAGGGCCAGACUGCCAACUCCCUUGUCGCUUUCAAGAAGCGCAACGACGACGCCCGCCGCAAGCUCGCCCAGCUCCAAGAGCAGCAGCAGACCAUCGACUUUGCUCACUACCGCGGUAUCCUCAAGAACUCGGCCGUUGUCGACGACAUCGAGAAGCAAUUCAGCGCCUUCCAGCCCAAGAAGUACGACGUCAACCGCCAGAUCAAGGCCAUUGAGGCUUUCGAGGCCCAGGCCGUCAAGGCUGCCGAGCAGACCAAGUCCAACGUCGACGUUGAGCUCAAGGACCUGCAGAAGACAUUGAAGAACAUUGAGGACGCCAGACCAUUCGAGGACUUGACCGUCGUGCGUAUACCCGCAUUUUCAGCUCCAAAAGUCAGCCCCUGUCUAAUAAACACAUCUAGNGACGAGGUUGCUGCCGCCCAGCCCGAGAUCGACCAGCGCACCGAGCAGCUCGUCAAGAAGGGCCGCUGGAUGGUGCCCGGAUACAAGGAGAAGUUUGGCGAUCUUUCCAUCCUU